AAAGCCAAUAGAAAGUAACUCAAUAUGAAAUGUACAUGUACUUAAAACAAAUUAAAACUAAACAAAAAUCAAUGGUGGUCAACAGAAUCCUGUAUGACAGUUCUAUGGGCUGAUGAAUCGUGAGCUGUUUUCUUCCAUAGUCUUGUUUUGUCAGUAGAGUAGUAAAACACACUGCAUGUAGUGAUGUUCACGUCCACGAUGAAAGCGAUUUCUGUCCACGGAUUACUCUUCUCUCUGAUAGUACACGUGCAAUCCAUAUAUAUCAGCAGUUGGUUCCCAAUUGAAGCUCAGGUAUCGAGUCCAGUUGUAAUUCCACAUCCUAUAGGGCAGAUCCCCGCGAAAGUUGAAGUGCAAGUGAAGGUUCAAGAGGGCGGAAAUGAUGUCAUUUUCCCCGCAUCAGGAUCGGCACAAAGAGAUGAUGAUAGUGACAAUGUGUAUGGUGGAGUGGUCUAUUUGUAUAACGAGCUUCAUGUUAAAGUGUUUGUCCCUUAUCGAGACGAGAACUCAUAUAAAGGGGUCAUGAUUUAUACAGGUGGUACUGCUUUUGCUGGUCCUUUUCAAGCCAACUAUGUGCGAGGUUUCGUUAGGAUUAAAGUUUGGGGGUUAUGUGAUUUACCACCGGCGAAUUUUACCAUAUCCGGAAGUCAUAGCAUUUCAAGAGCGGACAAUCACAAGUCUAUUACACAUGGACUCGGUAGAUAUCCAGAUUUUGUAGUUGUCCAGCUAAAAUUAUCCAAUGGCUAUAUUUCUGAGGCAGGAGGUGUUACAUUCAACUCAAUCUCUGAGACCUACCAGUCUAUUUGCGGAACCGUGUUCGCCUACAACGACCAGGAAAUCCGUCUGUGGACACUGUCCGCACCAACAGACAACUACGUGGCUUGUGCCAGAGACGGAUGGGGCACGGAGGAGUUGCAGAGCUCUUCUGCCACUCUCUACAUUCAGGCCUGGAUUCUAGACCCCUGCAAUAAGUUUUUCUCGACUUCGUUCCUCGUGAACAAAAACAAUGUAGAUCCAUCCUCUCCUACAAUAGAGCGUGUAAAAUUAGAUUCAAUCUAUCCUUUGGAUUCAACAUUAAUUUCUGUACAGAUGAAAGUGUUAACAUCAAACAAUGAUGGGUUUAUAUUCUAUGCUGGAGGAAGCGCUAUGAUAGACAACUCAGCAGACUCAUAUGGUGCAAUAAUAUACGGGUACACUGAAACGGAAGUGCUUUUAUGGAGACCGGAUCCAACGACGACCAAUGGCUACUUGGUUUACGUGGAUGGACAAUGGGGUGCUGGGAAUAACAAUCAGCAGAGCACUCUGGUGGAGGUUACAGUACAAGUUAUAUCAUUGUCUGGGUCACCAUGCACAGGAACAAACGAUUGUUCUCCUCAGUGGACGUCAUUAACAACCACGUGUACACCUACCGACUGUCCCAUCCCGGGAGAUAUCGCCAACGCCUACAAAGUUUACGAUGGAGUAACUAAUGGAAGCACCACAGUGUAUGCCUGCAUGCCUGGAUACACCGAGAGCUCUUAUGACGUGGUGAUAAGCUGUGUACAAGGAACAUGGUCAAUAACUACAAUGUUCUGCAAAGUUGUAUGUCAUCAACCUCCCGCCAUUGCCAACGCCGACGUGUCUGUCCAGAAUAAUGUCGCCAAAUACUACUGUUUAGCAGGGUUCUUCGCCAAGGAGAACACAAACGAUAUCAUUACCUGCAUCAGCAAUGUGUGGCCAGCCACUGACUUUGAAUGCAUUCAGAUUUGUCCUGCCCCACCCACCAUUCCAAAUGCGGAUGUGAUGGCGUUCAACAACAUCGCCUUAUACUCAUGUAAUGCGGGGUUCCUUCCAACAUCCAGUAGAAACUCAAUUAACUGCACAAUGUCUGUCUGGCAGAUAAUGGAUUUUUCUUGUCAAGCAUCAACAUGUGGUCCGGCUCCCAAUAUAAGUAAUGCUGAUGUCUUGGAAGCUAACGAUAAGGCUAUGUAUGCGUGUCACUACGGUUACAGUCCAACAAGUGCGGACAAUGUCAUCUUAUGUGGGUCAGGGAUGUGGUCCUUUACUGGCCUCCAAUGUCUAGAUUCAUCCAAUUAUAACAGCAGUUUCAUCGCUAACUACACGCUUCAAGAAUGGAUCCAAGAAAUCAAAGGGAAAUUACUCAUAGACAAAAAGAAGACAAACGCGUAUAAUAGGAGCUUGUCCAGCGCCUAUGAUCCGCGCCCGAGCUCUAUAGCGAUCGGGAGUUCUGGUUUAGUUCUUGUCAUUAUUGCCAUUUUAUUCUUUGUAUUACUGGAUCUUAUUAACUUUAUCAAAUUUGUACAUAACAAAAAGUUAUAACCAGCAGCUUAUCUAGUGAAAUUGCCAUCUGUUUAAUUUGUCGUUUUACAUUUUGCGUCUCUGUCAGCAAAUUUCCCCUUUCGUCUAACGACUCUUGGUGUAAUGGUGUGGGUUGAAACAAUAUUGAUAUAACAAACUUUAGAAACGUUUAUGUAUGUCACUGACAUAUAUGCAUGUACAUACAGUCUCUUUCGUCGGAUAAAUAUGAUUUGAAAAUAAUUUUAAAAACUCUUUUUAAAAGCUCACUACACUUAUACUCUUUAUGACACUAUGUAAAUAUUUAAAUGUUUUGUAAUUAUAGUAUUUAUAUCGAUCGAUUUAUUUGUCUAUCGGUAGUUAAAGCAUUAGGCUGGUGAACCGCAGAUCUCGAGUUCAAAUAAAAGUCUUUUGUGCAUGUG